GUCCCGUCCAGAAAUUGUAUGCGCUGCGCGCCAGUGAUAGGAGUGAGAGGCGUUGGUUUUCCUCAGCUCGGAUUUAAUGCCGCAUCAACAUGGCUUCUGGAAUAAAAGCAUCAGCCUUUUAUUCCAAGAAAGACAAGGAUGUGCGAAUCUGUUUUCCUUCAAAUCCACAUUUUUCCGAUGAUGGGGAUAGUGAUUCAGACCCAGAUGAAGGAGCGCCACAGAGAAAGUAUAUAUCGGACAAAGUCAUUCCUCCAUCAUAUUCAGAGCACUCAUCUUCCUCUGAAAAUGAUUCAAAACCUCCUAAGGAGUUAGUGAAGAGACGGAAGAAAAUAACUCCACAUCCAACUGUGGACAGGUAUUCUUCAUCACAGACUGGUAAAAAUGUCACCCGAAGGUGUCUGUUCACAGAUGUGACUAACACGAGGACAAGUAAACAUAUUGUUCUUUCUCAAAGAAAACCUGUGCCUGGAAAUGAAAACAUUGAAACUCAAAUUAAGAAGCAAUCAUUGACAUAA